AAAAAUCUCCUUGAUAUAACAAAGAAAGAUAUUUCCGCAGAGGAGUGCAAGAUAGCAAUACGGAGAAGAAAUAAAACUCUUAGAAGCAUUCGGCCUACACCAACACUAAACAGACCAUACGAACUGUAUACGGAUGCUCUAGGAGAGGAUAAGGACAGUGUUGCAAGCCAGAUGCUUCUGCCAUUCAGCUGCUCUCCCCAGAAGCCACUCCCUUUUUCCAUAAAGGAUGCUGAGGGUAGAAGCAGCCUAUUUCCUUCCACCCUGCCUGCAUGUACAGAGCACCUUAUGGACCUACCAACGGAGGGUGAGAAAUUGCAGCACUACACCCGCCAGAGACCCAGACCCAACAGGACCAACAGACAGCCGCCUAGGAAGCCUCAUGUACUAAUUUCAGAGACUGAAAACACUGAAAUUGCUGAAAGUGAAGUGUGCUCUAAAGUAGAUGAGGGAGUAGAUGAAUUUUUCUCCAAGAAGCUUAUCCAAGAAUAUCACCACAUACCAGUGCAAGUUUCACCAGAAAUCACCUCGUUUUCAUCAUCUGGAUCUAGAACAUUCAAGAAGAAAAUUGGAGAGUUUUUUGCUUUAAGAAAACCAAGAUCCACCAAAGGACUUAAGUCAGAAAAAGACCUAGAUGGGAGCCCUGUAGCUACAAAGAGCAGGAAACAGACUUUAACAGACAUAUUAAGGCCAUUAGGGAAGAGUGGAGACACUGCAAGGGGACAAGACAUUAGUAAAGAUGUCACAUCUCCAGAGUCAAGGUCUGUAGCAGAUCCCACAUGGACUCCAGAUGCUGCAAGGAGAAUUAAACCAAGAUACUCACGAGAAGGCAAAUCCCAGUCACUGAUUCUUCUGUCAGGUGAUGAGGAAGAAUCACUUGCAAUGAAACAGAAAAGGCACUGUGAAAAAGCUGAUGGAGAUAUUUGUAACACAUUUGAACACAGAGUUCAUAGCAUGCUACAUCGUAUUGGUGUGACACGAGUCUUAUCAUCAGAAGCAAAGAAGAAGCAGAAUAAAGAUGGUGAGAUCAAAAAAGCUGGUUCAGAGGGAGACAUUGUGGAUAGUUCGGCUGAUUCUCCUCCACCUGCCCUCAAAGUUCGAACUCAUUCAAUGUCAACAGAGAGAGCAACUCCAAAACCAGCUGAAGCUUUCAGGAAUCCAGCAGAAGAGAAACAGAUUUGGAAGGACUUGGGGAAACAGCUCAAUGUGGAACUAAAAGGCAGGUACAUGGAGCUUCACUCAUCACCAAGGCGAUCCUUGGUCAUCCUUGAGCAAAUUGAAGCAACAGUGGAAAAGAAGUCAGAAGAUUCUUUGAGUCUCCAAGGAAUUGAACGAUGUUCUCCUGCUUCUUCACCUAGUCGAAUAAUUCAUUUGGAUGGCACUUCAGAGGCAAAGGAUGCAGCUUCUGAAGUGUCUGGGAAUGACGAAAACUUGCUUAAGCCUCGGCUACGUCUCAAGCAGUUUCAGAACAGGAGAGCCUUUUCAGCACAUGAAGAACAGCUCAGAGAACAGGGAUUUACAUCUGAACUGGACAAUGUUAAAGCCCCUCUUGUUCGACUACAGAGGUCACCGGUUAUGAGACUGAAACAAAGAAUUGAAAAUGUUAAUAUUCAAACAAACAGUGAAAUUAAAAGUGAUUUAGAGACGCCAGAAUCGGAGUUGUCUGAUCACCGAAAGAGACCAGCACUCUCAGAAUCCCCACUGGCAAUGAAAUGCGAAAAGAAUAAAACACAGACUGCUUUAGAGACUGCACAAAGCACAGCCAUACACCAAAGAACUGAGAUCACAUCAAGCCACUCAUCCACCGACAAUGACUAAUGGAUAUCAUUUAAUCCAGUGUUCCUAUUCCAUGGGGCGGUUUGGUGGGAGAUCUCCCUGGGUUCAUGUUAUCCAUCAAAGAUUAGUCCAAAUAAUCAUGCUACAUUGGCUAAUCCUUUUGUUAAAAAAACAGAAAAAAACAAAAAAAAAGUGAAAAGUACAGUGCAUUGAAGGAUGAACUCUUAAUUCAUUGGAAGUGAAUGGUUUUAGUUGACCGAUAAAAAGUAAAAAUCCACGAUCUUCCUGUCUGAUGGAAAUGCACUGCAAUUAUUGACAACUUUUUCUCCAGAAUUUAUAUUUCAAAUACAGGCUUUCAUUUACAAUAGAGUCGUAUCUGAAACCGCCCCUCGUUAGAUCAGGUUAGCAUGAUGUCUGAUGCUAGCAUGCCUUUUUUAGGCAAAUUUUGUUAUUUUUCAAUAUGCCUAAAUUACCCCCAAAAUGAGAACGAACUCUUACUACAAAACAUUUUCUGCAGGGAAGGAAUUGUCCUAGUGCUUACUUGCAUAGUUAUAUUUACAGAAGAAUCUGGCACUAAUGGAAAGCUUUUCUGACUUUAUUGAACUAUACUUAUGGGGACUAUGAAAUUAGCUCUAGCAUGACUGGCAAAGGGUAGUAAUUGCUUAUAUCUAAUCAUGUCUUAAGCAACAAUAACACCAGUAACGGACAGAUUAAUGCAAUGUGUGGAGCAAUAAGACAACAUCAAUAGUCCCUGCAUAUUCAUACCCAAUAAAUAAUAUUUCUGUAAGCAUUUAUUGUCACUCUAUACAUCCAUCAGACCAGGACUAAACUUGAAGAUAUACUAUUCUGAAUUUUUGUUUCUCAGGGGUUGUUUUAGGGCUAUUUAUUUUGCUUUUUAAAACAAAACAGAUUAUUUUACUAGCUCCAUAUAUAAGGUGUAAAUUAUUUAUAAAUAGCCAGACCUUUAAAUAUUAAUUAUUCUUUGCCGAAAAUGUAUUAAAACAGCCAUAAGAUGCUAGUAUGUUAUGUGAUAUAUAUUUGAAAAUAUUAUGUAUCUCACAGGCAAUGUAUGAAAUCUUGCAUUUGAUAGAAUGCUUUGGUACUAUGUAGAAUGCUUUGAAAACUAACCUAAAAAUCUGUGAGGAGAAACCACAGAAGUUGUCUAGACAUAGUAUGAAUGAAUGAUUUUGCAGAUAAAAAAAAUAAAAGUCUAAAAAUAGUUAUUGAGAGACUAUAAACAGCACUGCAACAUUUAAUGUAAAGAACACCCCAAGCACCAUAACUACUGCAGUAUGCUGUAGUGAUUAUGGUGCCAAGAGUGCCCUGGUGCUACAAUGUAAGUAGUCAAACUGUUUUCUAAUGUUUUGACUUCUUACCUAGUGUCCCUAUCACCGUCCCUUGCCUCUCUGAGAUUGGGGAGAGCUUUAACCCUUGUAGCACUUUGCAAAAAAAGAACAUUAGAUCCCAGGUUUCGUGGUAGAACUCCAAAUCCCACUCUUUCUGGUAUCAUCAAAAGUAAUGUUUCCAAUUUCAUUAAUACACAGCAUGUAUAGGAAGGACUUGAUAUCAGGAAGAUCAAAAGUAACAUUAGCUAUAUAUACAACAAAUAUAUUUUAUUUGUCAAUCCGUUGUAGAAAGUACAGGGGAAUAAAUUAUUAAUGAUCCUA